CUCAGUGUCAAAUGUCAGGCGAGGGAAAAUAAAAAUAUAAAAUACGAAAAGGUUGUAUUUUAUAGAAAAUAAUAAAUGUAAAUAAGUCUAAUUGCCUUAUCAAAUUAAUUCGUGAGUAUAAGUAAAAAUGUUAUUUAAAACAUUUGUUCAGUCAGAGGUCAAUCUGUGUCGCAGACUUUUAACUAGAGGUCUUAGUACCAGCCCCAGUUGCCUCUCAUCAUGGGAUAUUGUCACGGGAGUAUGUGUCGAGAGACUGCCCGUAGUGACUCCACCAUUGAACGAGAUGCAGAAGAAAUACAAAGAUUUGUUGAACACCCUGGAAAUAGAGAAGAGUAUGAAGUCUGCCCAUGAGAUUAGACAUGAACAAGACAAGGUGCAAGCUGAGCUGCUAAAAAAUGAGUCUGCUGACGUGGACAUUGAUGCAGUGAGCAAAAUCACAGCACAGGACUUUGAAGACGCUGCCAAUGAGGAGCUGGCACAGUUUCAAUUUGCCAGUAUAGAGACAGAUGCUGACAAGAAAGGCGACAAAACAUCCACAGAGAGAUGCCUUCAGAGGCACUUGGUAUUAGUGACACCAAUAAAACUGGGAUCAGAUGUAAAAACAUUAUUGCCUCAGGGAUUGUGGAAGGAAGGAGAAACUCUAAGACAGACUGCAGAAAGGAUAGUAAAGGAGCAUUGUGGUCCAGAGUUAAAAGUACAAUUUUUGUCAAACGCACCAUGUGGCUUCUACAAGUACAAAUAUCCUUCAGAGGUCAAUGGAAAGAUAGGGGCUAAAGUAUUCUUCUACUACGCUAACUAUAAGAGCGGCAAGCCAACCAAGACUAAAGCGGACUGGUUAACCCGUAACGAACUGGAUCAGAUACUGCCUGACAGAUAUAACAAAUCUGUGAAAGAGUUUCUAAUAGAAGAAGCGCAUUGAUAGUUUGUAUGUAGCAUAGUAAUUGUUGUAGAAAUAAAUGAAUAAUUAAUUUAA